AUGAGCCUUGUGGCCAAGGGAAAAUCACACUUUGGCCCUCCUCUCACGACCUUGUACCUGGGUAUGUCCGUCUCGCUGACAGAUGACGGCGACACGGCGAACCUGUCCAUAGCCGCACACGACGCGACAUACCUCCUGGACUCCUCCGAGGGAUGCGUCCGUCUGCGCUCGCACGAUCAGAGUGACCCGAUCACGUCCAAGGACCCCAUCGCUGAGCACGUCAUCCCCGCUCUGGAGAAAUAUGAGAAGGACAACUUCUUCAAAUUCAUCGGCGCCGGUAUACCGAUUGCGCUGCACGAGCUGAGUCCCACGUUGUGCUCGAAAUUAUGGCUGGAGCUGGACAUUGUGCCCAUCGUCAUGGAACCCGAGGGCGCGUCUCGACACAGCGGAUUGUGGAAUGUCAAGAGUCUCGACGAGCAGGCCGAUUCCAUGGGUCGCAAAUGCAUCAUGCACUUUGGCCCAUCACUAGCUCCCCUAUUGCAUGUAGGCUUCAAGGGCCGCGUCCAGACAGAUGCUGCAUUCCGGGCUUGUCUGACAACCCUGGAAAACCACAGAGAUACGUGUGGCCCAAGGACCUGGGACAGCAUGCUGCACUUUGCUCGCCAGCUCAACGACGGCAACACGCGGAUCGCCUUCUUCAGCAGCACGCCCCAAGGUGGUGGCGUGGCUUUGAUGCGCCAUGCGCUGGUCCGCCUCUCGCAGCUUACGGGCGUUAAUCUGCGCUGGUACGUGCCCAAACCGCGAGCAGGCGUCUUCCGCAUCACCAAGAACAUUCACAACAUCCUCCAGGGCGUAAGCGAGCCUGGAGUGCAUAUUACAGACCAAGAGAAACAACUCAUCGUAGAUUGGAUCGUCGACAAUGCCAAUCGAUACUGGCUCUGUCCAGGAGGUCCUCUCCGACCACCAGAAGAAGGCGGUGCACAUGUCAUAGUCGUCGAUGAUCCUCAGAUGCCGGGACUGAUCCCCGUCAUCAAGAAGUUGACGCCUGAGCGCCCUGUGUUGUAUCGCUCUCACAUCCAGAUCCGCUCCGAUCUCGUGGCCAAGACCGGCUCGCCCCAAGAAGACGUAUGGUCGUAUCUUUGGGAGAACAUUCGCCACGCAGACAUGUUUAUUUCGCAUCCAAUACCCGGUUUUGUCCCCAAACACGUGCCAAGGGAGAAAGUGGCAUACCUGCCUGCGACGACCGACUGGCUGGAUGGCUUGAACAAGCCAUUGAACCGGGCUGAACUUGCGUGGCCAGCUCGAAAGUACAUUGUACAGAUCGCGCGCUUCGAUCCAUCGAAAGGCCUGCCUGAUGUCAUUGCCUCUUAUGGAGAGUUCCGCCGUCUCUGCAAGCAGGACGGUGUCAUCGACCCUCCCCAACUUUGCAUCUGUGGUAAUGGAUCAAUCGAUGAUCCCGACGCAUCCACCGUCUACGACCAGACGAUGACGCAGCUCGAGACUGACUACCCAGAUCUAGUCCCGGACUGCUCCAUCAUGCGACUCGAACCCAAUGACCAGCUUCUGAACACCUUGGUCGCCAAUGCCCACGUGGUCCUGCAGCUAUCGACGCGUGAAGGUUUCGAGGUCAAGGUAUCCGAGGCGCUUCACGCAGGACGGCCUGUCAUCGCCACCAAGGCGGGUGGUAUCCCAUUGCAGGUCAAGGACCGGGUGAAUGGCUUUCUGGUAGAUGUUGGCGAUCACAGAAGCGUAGCACAGCACCUGCUCGAACUGUUCCGCGACGACGAGCUGCACAGGAGAAUGAGCCUGGAAGCCAAACGAGGUGUCAGCGACGAGGUCGGCACGGUUGGCAAUGCUCUUGCAUGGUAUUAUCUCGGCGCCAAGUGGAGGGAGGUUGGCGCUCGCGGGCUCAAGGCCCAUGGGCGGUGGGUGAAUGACAUGGCCAGGGAAGAAGCUGGGCAGCCAUACCAAACGGGUGAAAACAGGCUGCCCCGAAAAUUCACCGAUCAAGCAAGCAAGUAA